UCCACAGACGAGGCGUUCUCCUUACCCCUGGAACUUCUGCCACUCCUGCUCUGCCCUGAGCCCAGAUUGUUAGAGGCCUCUCUUUGUGUCAAGAGACCGAGCACCUGCAGCUGCGUAUCUGACGACCUCGUGUGUCUCUGUCAGCGAGUGUCUCCGGGUGGCCUGCGAAGGACUGAAACUCAUCAGCUCUCUGUGAUCAGAAAUGAGUGAACAGCCAGAAAAAACCACUUCCACUGAAGAGGGACUCAGAGGUCAAAGUUCUCCUGAGAAAAACUGUCAAAUCGGACAAAAGCAACUGCAACAGAUAGAGCGGCAGUUAAGAUGCUUGGCAUUUCAAAACCCUGGACCCCAGGUAGCAGACUUUAAUCCUGAAACACGACAGCAGAAAAAGAAAGCCCGGAUGUCAAAGAUGAAUGAGUAUUUUUCUGUGAAUUACAAAAUUAUGAAGAAGUAUGACAAAAGUGGCCGGCUAAUCUGUAACGAUGCUGAUCUGUGCGACUGCCUGGAGAAGAACUGCCUGGGCUGCUUCUACCCCUGCCCCAAGUGUAACUCCAACAAGUGUGGGCCCGAGUGCCGCUGCAGCCGGAAGUGGGUUUACGAUGCCAUUGUCACCGAGUCUGGAGAGGUCAUCAGCACCCUGCCAUUCAGUGUUCCUGACUAGGAGCCAUUACAUGUGAAUUGUUUGUUUCUUCUUCUUUACAUUUAAGCCAACCUAUUUAUCUUGGUGAA